UCAGAUUCAUCUCUUCCCUCAUCCUGGGGACCCUCACAAACACCACAUUAUGCCAGCCCCAAAAAGUCCCACAAAAAAGAGAGAAGGUAAAGCAGCAGGUCUUAUCCUCCUCUGUACCCUGUGCUUACAGGCCCUGAGCUUACUACAGACCUGGGAGCCCUUGCAUGGCCAGGUAGUGCCAGGCUGGGGAGCAGAUCUCAAAUCCAGUCACUCACAUCCCUGCUGCAGUACCCAGAGGGACAGGGUGACUGCCCAGGCACUUCUGAGCAGGUUCCUGAGGAGUUUUUGGGAGUGUGAUUGGCUUUUCCCAUGUUUUCCCUACUGCACUGUGCCACACAUCAGCACGGGCUUGCCUGGUGUCAAUGUUCAGUGAUACUGCGGAACUGCACUCUAAAAGUGAAAGUGAAAAUUUAAUUACAGGUAAUUAAGCAAUAAUACAUCUAAUUACCUUUUAAAGAAGGGAGGAGCCAGUAUCCUGCUUUUUCUCCAGAUUCCAAGGGACUUUCUCCUCUCCUGGUCAGGCUCUAGAAGCUGGAUGAAUGAGCUGGGGCUGGAAAUGCUCCACAGGCACAGGGAGAAGGGAAGGGAGAGGCAUGAAAGCUUCCUCGGUCACAAACAACAUGUGAGGGUCUCACACUGUCUUCUUUAAGUGCUCCUGUCUUAGAGCCAAUCUCUUCUCUUAGAAAAUGUUGCUCCUUUUACUUGUUAAGAAUACAAUUGGACGAGUUGCAAGUUUAAUUCUCACUUUUUUGCUGGGUAGAAAAAGACUUUAUUGUCCUGGUAAAGACUGGAAUUGUUUAUUGUCUUGGCUUUGCAAUGAAGUUAAGGGAGAAGAAAAAGCCUGAAAUUUCAGGUAAUUAUGUUUCCUCGAAUAGAUCCUUUUAGCAACAAGAUCAAAAGACCUUGUAAGGUUCUACAGAUUUCCUGUCAAAUCCUCUUUCUCCUGCUGGUGAGCUGGUUUGUGGGUCAGGUCUGCCCUGGGGGAGGCUGGGUGUGAGUGCUGGUGUUUGCUGAAGGAACUCCACAGCUCCUCCUGCUUGGUAAUUAUUCACAUUGUCACGAUGCAGAUCAAAUCUGCUGGUUUGUGAGCAGGGCUUGUAUAAUAACUGAGGGUUUUCCUGAAGUAAGGGAGCAUAUCUCAUCCCCUUUCUCCUUACAAAGCCAAGACUUUUGCAUCUGCAGCCACCAAUCUAAGCCUGUGGGAGUCCUGACAAACAGAACUGAUGUUUCAGAUGGUUCUGCAUUUCUGGGCUGCGAGAAAGCUGCCUGAUUUUGGCACUUUGAAGAGCAAAUUUGAGCCGCCCUUUUCUCGGAUGCCUUCAGAGGGGAGGGCUUUAAAUCAUUGUUCAGACUGAGGGAGCAACUAAAAAGACCUUUGAAGAUGCUGUGGAUGUUGUUUCUCCCCAGCGCAUCCCUCUUUCUCCUGCUUCUCCCGUGCUUCCCUGCCCAGGAUGGUGGAGGAAAAGAACAGUCCACAGACGUUAUCAGUGCUUGGGAAGGAGACUCCAUCAGCAUAACUUGCCCAAUGAAUCGUGCAGAGUAUCAAUUGGGAAUGUACUUGAGACUUAUCAGACAGAGUGUCAAUGUGAUAUAUUAUUCCAAGGAGAAUUCGUCACGUAUCAAUCCUGACUUUGCUAAUCGCAUCGAGUGUUCAAAGGAAGGGGAGAACUUCAGGAUAACCCUGCACAGGCUGCAGGAGUCUGAUUCUGAAAUCUACGUAUGCACAGAUAUCUUACAAAUGAAGGAGAUAUAUAGGAAGACAAUCAUAGUACUGGUCAAAGCUAAAUCCAGAAGGCCUCUAGAGCAGACACCACUCCAUGCCAACCCAGAGCAAGGCCAGUCUGUCAACAUCACCUGUGAGUUGAAAAGUGAAGAGAAGUUCUACUUGUUCAGGACUCAUGUGCAGCCCGGCACAGUUCUGUCUGUGCCAAAUCUCCGCGGGUCAGGGGUUUCUCCUGCCUUUGAGAAUCGCUUGGAGUAUUCAAGGGAAGGAAAUAGAAUUGUGGUGAUUCUACACAAGCUACAGGAAAACGACAGUGAUAAUUACAUCUGUGCCCAGGAGGUGAAGGGUUCCCCUCUGUUCUCUGCAAGAGGCACCAUGGUGCUGGUUAAAGACACAGAAGUGGAGCAGGCAUGUGAGAAGAGCUCCUGGGAUUUGUAUGCCCUUCUUAUCGUGAUGGCUGUGCUGUUCUGUGCCCUGGUGUGCUGUGCCUUGUACCGUGUGGAUGUGAGGAAAUAUUUCCAGAGGAAAAAGCCCAAUGAGGUAUAUGAAGACAUGUCCUACAACUCCAGACGGAGCACCCUGGUCAGAACCAGCACCUAUUCCAGAGGUGAAUAAACUUCUGCCAGCCGGGACCAUCCCCUCACAGGCAACUCUGAGAGCUGCUUUAACCACCUGAACUGAAAUUGCUAUCACCUACCUUCUUCAGUGGAGGGGAAAACCUCAUUUCCAAGGUUGUUUCUACUUUUUUUAAUGUUUUAUUUUUUGUAAUGUACAAAAAAAUCUAGCAAAUUGUAAGUGCCCUGGACAUGUGUACGCAGUUCAGUGUGGAAAAGCAGCAUUUUGGGGCUAAAUGCAACAUAUGGGCUCGUUUCUUUGCUAAAUAACCCAUUCUGGGAUGGAUGGGGAGGUCUGGUUCUGAGCUUUGCUGAGUCUCAGGAAGACCACACAGGUCUGAUCAAUAAUUUGCCGUGGAUCCACACAGGCGUGGAUUCCAGUUCUCUCAUGGAUCCUUGCCCAAGAGCUCAGGCAGCUAAAACUACUCAAAAGUUACAGCAGGGAAAUCUAUUUUGAAGUUUUCAGAAAUGCUUUCAGAAAGGUGGCAGGGUGAAAUGCUGGAUCCAUGUGGGCUCACCUGCUUCAAGGCCAUGAUGGUCCCACAAAAACACAAUCAAGUCUAGAUUUUAGUUCACUGACUCUGUCAAAGCCACUCACAUGAUUUAUGGGGGUCUUGAUGUGGCUGAGGAGCCAAGUGACUAAACUUGGGUCCUGGUGGCAUCUUGGGUGUCUCAGUUUGAACAGACAGGUGUCUGCUAAGGGAGGCAGGAACCUCCUUGAAAUGGAAAAUGUAAACCCCUCCCUCUGAAUUAUUAUGAUUUUUAAAUUAAAAGGAUCUCAGGCAAAGAUAUGGGAGUAGGAAUAACAGUUCUUUAUCAGGAAAUGAA